AUGGGCAACAAGAGAGGAGAGCGUCGCAAGCGCAUGAAUGCUCGGCAGAAAGAAGAACAUGAGGCUACCAGAGCGGAGUUGCAGAGACUUCAGGGAGAAAUCUCUCGGGAUGGUAAGAAACUCGAGGAUGGCAUCCAAGCGGAGCAAUCCACCGGAACUGCGGUCUGUGUGCAGGUGCUCGAGCUGUGCGACUAUACAAGCAAGGAGCUCGAAAAGACUCGCUGUAACCUGAUACAGGCUCUCAACGCUCAUAAAUCAGAAUUACAAGCUCGACAGCAAGCGGAAGAUGAUGCCGAGGUACAGAAACAAGCAGCCCGGGUGGCUGAUGAGAGAGCGAUGCAGUUGGAAGAGCGUAUUCAGGCUCGCGAUGGAGAGGUUUUCACCUUCAAACUCGACUUGUAG